UAUAUCAUCACAUUGUUGUGCACAAUUCUGUUUGUGUCCUCACAGAGUUAACGAUGAGAGGUCUUGCAGUGAUUCUUUUGGCGCAACUGGCUGUGUUUGCCCAGGCCAGCACAGAUGUAAUCCCCAUCCCCGAUGGAGUGAGCGGGUCCGGCAUAACAACCCGCUACUGGGACUGUUGCAAGGCUGGCUGCUCUUGGCAGGAAAAUUUGUCCGAAUCAGGCGCCACGUCCCCGGUGCGCUCCUGCGCUGCUGAUGGCCAAACAACCAUCGAUAUUGAAACCCAAUCUGGCUGCACCGAUACUGGAGAUGUUGCCUACAUGUGCAGCGAUCAGCAGCCAUGGGUCUACAACGAAACGCUCAGUUUCGGAUGGGUUGCUGCGUCCUUCGGAGGUGGUUCCGAAUACAACAAGUGUUGUCACUGUUUGCUCCUGAAGCUGCAGGGACAAUUAGCAGGCAAAUCCAUGCUGGUUCAGAUCACCAACACUGGCAGCCCCUUGGGGCAGAACCACUUCGACGUUGCCAUGCCUGGGGGAGGGGCUGGGCUGUACGCCACUGGUUGCACCAACGAGUGGGACUCGCCCGUGGGAGGCUGGGGAGACCCAAUCAGCGGCAUCAGCUCAGUGGAGGAAUGUUCGGAGUUGCCAGCCAGUCUUCAGUCGGGCUGUCAAUGGCGGUUCGGAUGGUUUGAGGGCGUCGACAAUCCGGAUGUGGAGUUUUUGGAAAUUGAGUGUCCUUCGGAACUGACCAGCAUUAGUGGCUGUGUGGUAGCAAACUGA